UAAACCUGUCCAUUCAAGCAACUUCACGGAGAACUGGCGAUAUGCCAGCAAAAUCAAGAAGAAGCGAUGUUACACCUACCAUCAGAACUACCCACGGAGCUGCAGUGAGCUGUGACACCCUACAUACACAAUGAACUGCUUUGACCGGUGACCCCUGAGCCCUCAUCUUGACAAGCAUUGCAAGUGGCCGUGCCACACAUCCAACCCUCUCCCUCUCCCCUGGAAGCACGUUGGAAGGAACAACACACAUCAAGUGACGAGGUUACAGGCCAUCGCUCAGCAGGUGGUUGUGUGGCACCAAGCGUGUGUGGAGUCAUCUGGAGUCGUCGUCACUCUCUCCUGGUGGCACGUAGUGUACGGACCAUCGCCCAGCAAGUGUCCGUGUGUGAACUUGGGAUUGGAUCUGAUCAGAUCGGAGCCGUCUGAAGCCCCUCUCUCUCCUGCCAGCUCAUAGUUUCCUGAAGUUGUGUGUGUGUGUGAGAGCGCCAGAGCCCUAGUGUCCGUGCGUGGACCUGAGAUCGGAGCGUAUCUGCACCAUGUCGUCGCGUGUCCUGCUGCGGCAGCAGCUGAUGAGGGAGCAGGCACAGGAGCAGGAGAGGCGAGAGGCCCAGCAGCAGGCCAGCGCCGCCCAGCUCCGGGCCUCUGACUCCUCCCCUGCUAUCUCUGUCACCAUGCCCACCUCCGCUGCUCGCCCCCCGCCCACACAGGUGCCCGUGGAGGUGCUCAAGGUGCAGACCCAUCUGGAGAAUCCAACAAAGUACCACAUCCAGCAGGCUCAGCGCCAGCAGGUCAAGCAGUACCUCUCCACUACGCUGGGCAACAAAGUAAUAGCCACCCAGGCCCUGGGGGUGUCCCCCGUGCCCCAGUCCACCUCUGCCCCUGAGAUGGGGGGGCCCUCGGCCAGCAGCGCCCCCAACAGCCCCAUGGCCCAGCUCAACCUGGGCUGCAACAAGGAGGAGAUGGAUGACGUCAUUGACGACAUCAUCAGCCUGGAGUCGAGUUUCAAUGAUGACAUUUUGUCAUUGAUAGACUCUGGACUGCAGCUUCCCAAUACGCUCCCAGGCAAUCUCCUAGAUGUCUACAGCAGCCCCGGCAUGGCCACUCCCACCAUCACCGUCAGCAACUCCUGUCCGGCAGACAUCAACGUCAAAAGGGAAAUGACAGAGAGUUUUUCUCCACUUUUUCCAGAUGUUGAAGCAAAGAUGUUCAUGAAAGAGAGGCAGAAGAAAGACAACCACAAUCUGAUUGAAAGGAGGAGAAGGUUCAACAUCAACGAUCGCAUCAAGGAGCUGGGCGGGCUCAUACCCAAGAACAGUGAUCCGCGUGACAGUGAGAUGCGCUGGAACAAAGGCACGAUCUUGAAGGCCUCAGUGGAGUACAUCAGGAAACUGCAGAAGGAGCAGCAGAGGGCCAAAGAGGUGGAGAUGAGGCAGAAGAAACUGGAGCUAUCCAACCAGGCACUACUCAUGCGCAUACAGGAGCUGGAGAUGCAGGCUCGCCUCCACGGCCUGGCCGGCGGUGCCCCGGGUGCCUCCGGUCCCCUGGGCCCUGACGCCUCCCUCCUGGCCCAGCAGCAGCAGCAGCAGCAGCAGCAGCAGGGGGCACACCAGGCCUCCUCCUCCUCCCUCACUCCCGCCGCAGCGCAGGACCUCCUCCACUCCCAGACGCUCCUCAGCCUUGACAUGGGCGCCAUGGCCUCGUCGUCCUUCCUCUCCCCGCCGCCCUCCGGCUCUCCGGUGGGCGUGACCAUCAGCAGCCCGCUGGACCUGGGCGCGCUGAGCUUCGCCGAGCUGGAGGACCCGACCGGCAACUCGCUGUACCCGGAUGUGGGGCUGGGCGACAUCCUGAUGGACGACGAUUGCGGAGGCUUGGCGGCGGUGGCGGCGGCGGCGGCUCAGGCCAGCGCUGCUGCUGCAGACUCGCUGUUUGCCGUAUCGCCCCCUGGUGGCGCCUCUAGGAACAGCAGCCGGAGGAGCAGCUUCAGCAUGGACGAGGACUUGUGACGACGGCGGACGUUUUUAAACGCAGUAGCUGACAGAGACAAUCAUCUGUGUGUGUGUGUCUGCUUGUGUGUCUGACCUGUGUGUGUGUGUGUGUGUGGGGGGGGCUGCGUGUGUGUAUGUGUGUGCGUCUCUGAGUGUAUUCCAAUAUGCGGACAUCCGUCCUCCCUUGCUCACUUGCCUGUUUGAUGAAGGAAAAUUAAUUUAAUGUCUUGCAAAAGCACAAUUCUAAUGUCAUUUCCUCAUUUGCAAUAGGUAUGGUGAAUUAAGAACAGUCCCCCAAAAAUUGUUGUGGCUAGGCUGACAGCGGGGGAAACUUUGUUGUGUUCUCCACAGAGGCAGGGCACAAGCACAAGUGGAGGAUGGAAGUUCGCAUAUUGUAAUGCAGCCUGUGUGUGUGGGUUGAUUGUGUGUGUGUGUGUGUGUGUGUGUGUGUGUGUGUGUGUGUGUGUGUGUGUGUGUGUGUGUGUGUGUGUGUGUGUGUGUGUGUGUGUGCGCGCGCGGGGAGAAUGUAUGUGCUGUGGUAUGUCCGGGGGUCAUCGCGUGCGUACAUCAUAUUUAAUAUUGAUUGCAUGUUUUUGGACACUUUGCUGAGAUGACGACUCCCACUAUCUCUCUGCGUCAUGUUAAUCUUCCUAAUAAUGUAGUUGCACUUAACAUCUGAUCAGCUUUAAUACGACGAGACAACAUACCUCACAGGCCACAUAGAACAGUGGUUUCAUGGUUUUUAAAACAAGCUCAGCAAUCAUUGGUAAAAUAGAGAUAAUGAUAUUUUUUAAAAAGAUAAUUAAUUAUUUGUGUCUUGUAAGUGGGGGGGUAAAUGACUAUGAUUUAGGGUUUUCAUGUGUUUUCGUUUAAGUAUUGAAAAUUUACAAGGGAAGGGAACCACCAGCCACGUUUAGCGAUUUAUAUAUUUUCAUAUAAAAAAGUAAAGAUGGGUUCUCUUAAAUAUUAUAGGGUGGGGUUGUAGGCUCACCAGAUUUUGGCAUCAGGGUGCAAUACAAAUAAUCUGUGUACUCAAUAUGAAAUGUUUUCUUAAAACCAAAGGGAUAUUAUUUUAGAUAUAAUAUAUUAAUAGGGGAAAUUAAUGUGUAUGUAUGUAUAUAUAUAUAUUGUUGGUGAUGUAAUUUUGAAUUAUUUUUUUUUUUGCUUGUUACAUGUAUUGCACCUUCCGUUUUUGCAUUUGUGUUCUGUGACAUCUGUCAGCUGUCUGUAGCACUUUAAGCUCAUUUGGGUCCCCCUCCAAACCAUUAACACUCUUAACCAUUUCUUAGCCACACCCAUUUUACAAUAAAUGUAGCUUUAUUUUUCAAACUCCAUUCUGUUCCAUCAGAGUGUUUUCCAGAGUGGACUGCGUGCAGUGUGAUAUUUAUCGUCUUUUUCUAUGCCACUCUUUUUCUAAAUCGCAAAAUGGGAAGUUGUUGGUCCGAUGUCUGUGGGCUACAUUUUGGUUCUAUAUAUGCAUACUAACAAUGCAGUGGUAAUAUAAACUGAGUGUUGCUUCUCUAUUUUGUAUCUAAACUGCCAGUUGUUUCUCUUCUUACUGUAAUUUAAUCAUAUGUUGUCAAUCUGUGGUCAACCACUAACAUUUAUAUACUACGUACAUAGUUUAAAAUAAUUGAUUUUGUACGCCAUUAUGACAUGGCGCCCUGUAGUUUAACUUAUUGAAACAAGAAUCAUGCGGGCAUCCCUUUUAUUUGAUAGUUUCGAGUCAGUUUUGUAUACGGUCCUAAUUCGCCCAUCACAUGCAAAACGGAUGCAGUAAAACUGUCUUUUGAUAUUGAUUUUCAAUGCAAGUUACCAAAUGUACACAACUAUUCAAAUGUGUUUUGUUUUAUUUUAUUUUUAAAAAUGUGUUAAAUACCAGCUAUUUGUAGGUGUUCCUGUGUAUUCCUGAUAUUGGAAUUGACAAGGGCUUCUCCUAGUAGGGACACAGUUGCUGAUCACCUCUGUGCACAUAGCCUGUAAACACUUUGCAGUCCGUUUGGCUGUUUUGUCUCAUUAGAGGAAGUCCUAAUGGUUUUUGUACUGUAAUGGAAGCAGUCCAGCCCUUGGACUUACUCCUAUUGGCCACAGGGCUACAACGGGGAAUGUCUGGUGCUUACAAAAUGCAUUUUUUCCCCCAAACAAACAAAAAAAAAUCUUUGUCUUCAUCUGCUGUGUUUAACAUAGUGGUGUGUGUAGCAUAACAACAAUUUUUACUCUGUGUUUAUAUGCAAUUAAAUGUGAAAUACCUAGGCUGGGUCCUCUAUUAUUAGAGAGCAAAGCAGUGUGAUCUGGGGGUUAAGAACAUGAGUAAGUGAUAAACCUGGCUAAGUUAACCCUGCAGGAAGUGGUAAACCUGCUAAUAGAUAUGCCCAGGGCUCUAAAUUAAGACUGGCCAAACCGAAAAUUCAGUUUGGCUAGUAGAAAAGAAAAACUCACCAACCACAUUGACCCAUUAGUGAGUGUGUUUGGCUAGUAAGAUGAAAAUCGACGAGCCAUUUGGUGAUGAAAAAAGUUAAUUUAGAGCCCUGGAUAGGCCACGUGUCAUUCAGUUAAGAAAAUGAGAAACCCCAGGCUCUUCUAUUCGAUGAUUAACACUACCUCAAGCUUAACCUAACCUGGUUUACAACUGAGCUAGGUUCUUGCAACACCCCCAUGGUGACCUGUUGAUCCCUGUUCUGUCAUCCAACUGUUUGAAUGUACUAUACCUGGUAAUACUAGGCACAUCAGAGAAGAGAGAUCUCGUUAUUAUGCAUUUUUGAAAGUAGGCUUACUUAAUGGACUGUCAGACAAUGUACAUGCUCAUUUUCUUUUCUUUUCUAAAGGGAAUGUUUUAGAUAGGUUGAUACAGUAGUCUCAUGAUGCAAUUUGUAGAGAAAGCAAUAUAUACAUUUUGUAACAAUGUUGUGUCCAUAAUCUUCAAAUUAACGAAAUGAAAUAAAUUUGAAGGGAAACGUGUA